AUGCGCUCCAAUGCGCUUGCUCUUCGUAUAGGAAUAACUUUGACAUUUCCAGCACGACGACAUAAACGAAAACCAAAACGACGAAAACGUGAUCGUCGUUAUCACCAAGCGCUUGCUCAGUGCUUAUGCGACAUUGAUCCAUUAACUGCUGAACGGAAAGGUUCAUGCUUUGCCGCUUACAAAGGAAAAGUGGCAGUGGAUAUCGCUUUGUCACCGAGAAGUCUUCACGCCUCCAGAUGUCUCUGUCAACUUGACAUGGUCUCGAAGACGCUGUGGCCAUGCUUUCCAUACAAUACAUGGAAGGAAAGAAUCUGCACCGAGUGUGUGGAUGACAAUGGUCACUGCCCAAUGCGAUUUUAUCACGGGAAAGAGCCAUUCGAGAAUAUCAAAGAGAUGGCCGACUUAUGCCUUUGUCACAAAGAGUACAAUCACUGUGUGUCCAGUCGAGAUGAUGGCGUGAUCAUUGAAAUAGAUCCUAACGACGAACUUGACACUCUGAAUGUUACUGCACGUACAGAGUCUCAAAUAAAGUUGAAACAGAGAAUCACUACGACAACGACCACAGAAGCACCGCAAGUGACGCAAGCGCUUGGAUUUGAGAAUCUGACCGAUGAAAUCGCUAUCGUCACACAAGCCCAGCAGAAUCUGAUGUUCGCUGUCGGUUCCAUGACACCGGAACAGAAAGAGGGCAUGUCUCACCAGCUAGACGAGUUCGUUCUCAAAUGCUCAUUCAAUCAAAAGGAUUGUGACAUGAAGAGUCUCAAUAUUGUGCUUGCUAGAAGCCUCAAGAAUAUUUGA